CUUUUUAUUUGAGUAGUUUUCAGCGAGUGUGGGAUUACGGAAUAAGGCUCUUGCUUAUCGAGAUAUUUUCCUUCACUCUCUGGGUAUCAGCAAGUGUCACCAACCUAGACCCAUGGUAUUCAGGCCCAGGGUUUCAAUGCGAUAGAUUCCCAGAUGAAGCAUUGCUACUAUGCCGGGUGGCAGUAUCAAGCAUAGCGAUCAGUUGGUUUAAUGUGCUUUUGAGCUUGGUAUCGUUAUUGAUGGCAUGGAAAAGAUCAAUCGAGUUGGCUCCCAUAAGAGCUAACAGUCGAGGACCUAGCGGUCUCGAUUCUGGUCCGAACCAAAGGGUUAGCGUUGGAAAAAAUCUGCAAUCUACUACCAAUCAAGUCCCAUAUUUUUAA